AUGGAUGAAUUUGAAACAGAAGUGGAUGCUGAAAAAGAGUCUCACCAUGAUACUGUAAAUGUGAUGACGAGUCAAGUUUAUGAGAAAAAUUUGAAAAUUUUAUCUGAUUCUUCUUUCUGGAAUGUACCAAUUCUAGAUAAUUUUCGGGUUGAAAUUAUCAAAAAAGGAAGUUCAUCAUUUCAGAACAAGGAUAGGCUUUUCAGUAUUGUGACAAAGCAAGGUGCAAGAACUAAAGGAGGUGUGCGCCAGUUGUCAAAAGAUUGGUUCUACAAGACGAUGCCUGAUAGUGAGAAAAUAUUGCGGUCAUGGAUGGUGUACUCGCUUGUCAGUGAGAAAUUAUACUUUUUUUGCUGCAGACUCUUUGCUGUUAAUGCAACAGAAACAACAUCCAAAUUUGUCACUGGUUUUCAGAAGUGGUGGAAGCUGAGCCCAAAAUUACAUAAUCUUGAAAUAUCGGAUAACCAUCUAUGUUGCUUUGAAAAAUGGAAAACAUUGGCAUCAGGGCUUGAGCUGAACAAAACAAUUGAUGCAAAAGGUAUUGUUUUGAUGGACAAGGAAAAGAAAAAGUAUAGGGAUAUCUUGCACAGGUUGCUUGAUAUCACACUGUUUCUUGCUAAGUAA